AUGGAAUGGUCUCUUUACCCUUCUCUUCAAGGCAUUUUCAGAAAGGAGGUAAACUUCUGUAUUCCAACACCUCCACCAUCACCUAUUUCCACAGCUGUUCCUAUCACCAUUACUCCUUGCCCACCUCCUGUUUCUACACAACCGCCUACUUCCAUUCCACUGCAGAACCCCAUUUUCACUCAAACAACAACCACUACGACUACCACCAUAGGUGAACCAUUUGUUGAUGUCAACGCAUCUGAUGCGGGGGAAAAGACUUUAGGUUUUGAAACCUUUUCUACAACACCUCCCACUUCUCAACCUCAAGAUCACUCCAGCAUACCUCUCAGUGCCAAUGGACUCGACUUUGACAAUUUCCAUUAUAGUCCAUUCUCGAUACAGGGAAAAAGGGAUGAUGAGACCCCUAUGACUCAAAAGGAUACUAGGACACUUACUGAAAAGUUGGAAUCUCUUAUUGCUUCAUCUACUGCCUCAUCAAGCCAUGUGUAUUCCGAAGCAACAGUUAAAAGUAUGCUCGAUACACUUGUGAAAGAGCACGCUACAAAUCUAGACAAAGCAAAAAAAGCAGUUGAAAACUCCGCUCGUUCCUAUCUGCAAACGACCGAAAAAAUCAAUAAAUUAAUCUUCGAAACGAAGACAUUUAUGAUAGAGAUUAAUACAACAGCUGAGUGA